UUGUGUUGCUUUUGCUUGACGAAGACGAACCAAACUGGACUACUUUAUUUUGUAAUUAAAUUCAAAGCCAAAAGGGAAAGGAACAUAAAAUAUUAUUAAAAAUUUGGUAGAUGCAGUGUUUGUGAUUAUACGAUCUGAUUUUCCUGCCUUUCUAUCUUGUAGAUAUGGAUAAACUUUAUUCUUUUAACCCAAAGAUAAUGAGUAAAACAAGGACGGCGGGUGAUGGAAUGGAAUCGGAUGAAAGCACAACAGAAACGAUUAAUAAUGUGGGUUCUAAAAGUACCGCUAGUCCGACAAGGAAGGAUAGUUUAUUACCGGCUCGUUUGGUGCAAGUGUACGCUACAAAAGUGAUCCAGUCAGAUAAGAGGAAGUCGAUAAACAUGAAGACACCAAAGUUUGUGCCGUAUGAGCCAUAUCCAGCGGCCGUGAAGCCGAUGACGCCUCAAACGGCUUCAAAAGGGAUGAAAAAGUCGAGGAACAACAUGGACAUUAACACCUUGAUAAGUCAAAUGUCUCAGAUGAAUACUAGUUUGAAAGAAUUCAAACCUCGUCCAAAGUUGAACUCCACAGGUGAUAAAACUUCCUUGGAUAUUGAUACGAGCAACACAGAGAAAGCUGAGAUGCAGAAAAAGAUUGAUGAUUUGACUCAUGAAAACGAAUCUUUGAAGGAACAGCUGAAGCAACAAGUUCAGGUCAACAAAGAAUUAAAAACAAUGCUGGUGGCAUCUAUGGGUGAGGACCUUGAGACUCAAGUACAAUCUCUCAAUGAAGAUAAGAAGCACUUGGCUAAUGCCUUGUUGAAUUCUGCACAACAUUUGUCUACUCAUCAGGAACAAACGGAAUGGUUAGCGGGCCAGUGUGAAGUAUGGAGAAGCAAAUUCCUAGCAAGCAGCUUGAUGGUGGAAGAAUUGGCACAAUGCAAGAAAUUACUAAGCGAUAAGACUGAAAAUUUACAACAAGCAAUAAAACAAUUGCUGGACGAGCGAUGCAGGGCGCGCGAUAUGAUGCUAUGCACAUACAAAAACUUAUACAGUCUACACGAAAAGUGGCUUGAGAAUAUCGCCAUUACUGAAUAUGUGGGAAACAGUAAAAUGUACAACCGUCCAAUUGGUAACCUGAAUUUUAACGCGACGAUACCACAUUCAACUAAUAUUCUGGAUAUGACAUCUGUAAAUCUGAAACUAUCGGAAAAUAUAAGCAGUUCCGUUGAAAAGCAAGAUAUAAGUCAUUUGAAUAGCUUGCCUUCUGUCACUGAAGGCGAAAAGAAUGCUGAAAAUGUAAUGGCAAUGCCUCUCGACGUAAAGAAAGUGAACGAGGCACCAGUGAACGCCUUAGUUCACCACGCUUACAGCAGCAGCGGUAAUACAGUGAGACCUAUCGCUUCUUGCGUACAUUGCCACGGCAGAGUCCAACUACUGUAAUUUAAAGGUCUUUAAGUGGUAAAGCACAAGAUUAGGUAUAUAGAGAGUCCUCAUCUCGACUAUGUUGGGGUCGGCUUCCAGUCUAACCGGAAGCAGCUGGGUACCUGAGAUUCACAAGGAGUGACUGCCCUAUCUUACCUCAUCAACCCAGUUACCCUGGCAACCCAAUACGCCUUGUUAAGACUGGUGUCAGAUAUACUGGCUUCUGACUACCCGUAAUGACUGCCAAGGAUAUUCAAUGACAGCCAGAAUAUAAGUAUAAAUAUGACUGUUGCCUAAAGAUUGUUCCCAUUAUGGGGCUAAUUUCAAAUGGGAAACGGGCGUAACUGGUUAACAAUUAUUCGGUAGGAACAACCUUCAAUAAAUGACAUGUCUUCAAUGAUGUUUCAUUUAUCACAGGAAAUGUAGUUUCAGUAGAAAAAAAAUAUUACGACGAAAAUUUUGACGACACUACAGCGUUGUUUGUAACAUUGCCAGUCAGAAGGCCGAAUAUACUAUGUUAUUGAAUUUAACAACAUCUGAACUUGUGAGAUUGUGACUAUCAUUUAACUUUAAUUUUUAUUUGUACAGGGAUAUUUUGAUUGUGUUUACAGGCUUUUGUUGCUGACUGUACUUUAUCUAAACAGUGUAAAAUCUUCCUGAUUUUUGUAGAUUGAUCACUUGAAAAAUAAAGUAUUUCAAGACACUAAAGUAAAAUGAACGUCAAUUAAUGAAGACGUAUCAAUAAUAUCAGUAUUUAUCUUUUUGUAAUUAUAGGUAGGUAAUAAGAUUUUGUGGGAAAAGCUAGUAAACAGGCUACCUACUUGUAAUCAAAUCUUAACAUUGACCCUUACUAACAUUUUAUAUUAUGUGAAUGUGUUUUGUUUUUAUGAUGUGAAAUGUUUCAACCGAUUGAUAUUAGAUAUUGAGGUAGGAUUAACCGAGGGAUGGCAAGUCAAACCGCAGGAAACGGCUAGUCUAGUAUAAUUAUAAUUAUGGUGCUCUGAUUUAAUAAUAAUUUUAUUUGAAAUACCCAACCAACUAACCAAGCAAUAUGUCUUCCGACGAUCCUUAGAAAUAGUAACAAUAAUUGAUGAAAAUUGAAUUAAUUUUAGGUACGCAAUAAACUAACGAUAUGUAGGUAUGUUUCUCUUUUCCUUAAAAUAUAACGAAGUGUGUACCUACAUAAAUAUUAAUUAAAAUGUAUGUAUUGUAUUUCAUGAAGUCACGUAGAAUGUUGACCUCAGAAACUUGUUUAUGUGCUAUUCUAUAACGGAAAAGAAAUAUGGCUAAUUAAUUCUUUAAUUGGAAACUUGACUCUAGUAGGAAAACAAGCGUUUGCCUUAUUUCUGAAAACAAGAUAUCGAUGUUUUUUUUUUUUAUUGUAUUUUAGUUUUACGAUGUGUAAAGUGUAAUUUAUAAUGAAAUCUUUUUAUAAAAUAAUUUUGUGGAAGGUGGUGAAAUUCAUUCCGAAAGGCAUUUUUGUGUAAAAAUGUACAUAAUUCUGUUUAUUAAUAAAACUAUUUAUUGUUACUGUUAUGAUUUAAUUUAAUAACAAAGCUUAUCUUGGUAUCUUUAUUGCAUAAGUAGAUAUGUAUAGGUAUGUAUACAACUUUGUUUUCAUUGUUUAUAUAUCACAGCUUGAUAUCAUAACAUUACCAUAAAAAAGAACAAUAUUGUCGUCUGAUUUUCAGUCAAUCAUUGAGAAUUCUUAACAAGGAUGCAAAAACUACGAAAAUACAUAUAUGUAUAACCUAUUCACCAGUAAAGAGUUGUCUAUGCACUCUUAAAA